AUGCAUGUGGUAGAAGUGGGGGGGGUAGCGUUAUUAUGGAGGAAUAAGGAUGAUGUCAAAGUUUUGAAUUUUGCAACAAACUUUGUUGAUGUGGAGGUUCGGUCUAGUAAUAUUGGGGAGUGUCGUCUUACGGGAUUUUAUGGGGAGUCGAAAAGGAGUCUGCGUGGGUCUUCUUGGGAGCAACUUCGGACUUUGGCUCAUGGGAACACUCUUCCUUGGUGUGAAUGUGGGCUGAUUGACUUAGACAUUCUGGGGCAUCAGUUUACUUGGGAGAAGAGUCGUGGGACGAAUAACUGGAUAGAGGUUCGUUUAGAUCGUGCUCUGGUGACUGAAAGGUGGCUCCAACUUUUUCCUCAAGCCAAACUUAUUAACCUUGAGGUAUCUUCUUCUGAUCAUUGUCCUAUUUUACUUGAUGUGGUUAUUCAUAAUAUUGUUCCUGGGAAUCGUAAAUUCCGCUUUGAAAAUUGUUGGCUUCGGGAACCUCUCUGUUAUCAAGUAGUAAAGGAGUGUUGGGAGGAGUAUUAUUUAGUGGGUAUCCAAGAAAAGAUCCAAAGGUGUGGGGAGUUGCUUUCGGUUUGGGGCAAAGAUUACUCGGGUAAUUUUGCUUCUCGUAUAAAAUAUUGGAGGAAUGAGGUUCGACGGUGGAAACAAGGUCGAGAUCCUGAUGCUAUUACUAAGUAUAAGGAGGCUGAGACAGAACUAUUUGAGGUUCUUACUCAGAAAGAGGUAUUUUGGCGCCAGCGAUCGAAGCAAUUGUGGCUUCAAGAGGGGGAUAAAAACAGUAAGUUCUUUCAUGCCACUGCAUCUUCUCGGCGUCGCAUGAAUGCUAUUGAUAAACUUCAGUGCGAAGAUGGGAGGUGGGUUGAUUGGGACUCGGGCUUACCUGAUGUUAUGUGCUCUUAUUUUCAGAAUCUGUUCACUAGUUCUAAUUGUUCUAUGGAUGAUGUUAUUGCUGGGAUUUCUUCAACUGUGACUCCUCUGCAGAAUGAUUCUCUUUUGCAACCUGUUACUCAGGAAGAGGUUAAAUCGGCAUUAUUUCAGAUGCACCCUGAUAAAUCCCCUAGGCCGGAUGGUAUGACUCCUGGUUUUUAUCAAAAGUGUUGGCCAAUUGUGGGUGAUGAUGUCAUCAAACAGGUCCGCUCUUUUUUCUUAUUUGGUCGUUUGCCGAAUGGUCUUAAUCAUACAAAUUUGGUAUUAAUCCCUAAGAAGAAAACCGUCACUACUAUGGGUGAUUUGCGUCCGAUUGCUCUUUGUAAUGUCCUUUAUAAGGUGUGCUCUAAGGUUCUAGCUAAUCGGUUGAAGCAGGUUCUUCCUUUUGUCAUCUCAGAAAAUCAAAGUGCCUUCAUUCCGGGCCGACUUAUAACUGAUAAUAUUAUGAUUUCGUUUGAGGUAAUGCAUUAUCUUAAGCGGAAGAGAGUUGGAAAGGAAGGUUAUAUGGCUCUUAAGCUUGAUAUGAGUAAAGCGUAUGAUCGUGUUGAGUGGAUUUUUCUCAGAAAUAUGAUGAUCAAAAUGGGCUUUGAUGUUCGGGUGGUUGAUCUUAUCUUGCAUUGUGUCUCAACGGUCACAUACACUAUUACUCAUGGGGGUCGUGAGAUGGGGCCAAUUGUUCCUGGACGGGGUCUCAGACAAGGUGAUCCUCUUUCUCCUUAUUUAUUUCUUUUGUGUGCUGAAGGUUUUUCUUCUCUUAUAAGGAGAUUCGAAGCUAGGGGAGCUCUUCAUGGUUGUCGUGUGUGUAAUGGUGCCCCAAUUAUUUCACAUAUGCUGUUUGCGGAUGACUGCUAUAUCUAUUGUAAGGCUAUUGAUAGGGAGGCGAAUAGUGUUCUUCUUCUGCUCCAGCUAUUUGAACAAGCCUCUGGUCAGUGUGUUAAUUACUCAAAGUCUACUAUCUUCUUUAGUCUCAACACUUCUUCGGCUUCCAGACAAGAAAUGUGUAACCUUCUCCGUAUGAAUGAAGCUCCAGAGAAUAGUUUGUAUCUUGGUCUUCCCUGUGUCAUGGGCCGUAAUAAGAAUGCCAUUCUUGGCUUUCUGAAGGACAAGAUGCAGAAAAGAAUUCAGAGUUGGGAAGGUCGUUUGCUUUCAAAAGCGGGUAAAGAGGUGUUGAUAAAAACAGUUGCCCAAGCUCUUCCUACUUAUGCUAUGUCGGUGUUUUUGUUGCCGGUGGAAACUUGUAACAAGUUGGAAGGAAUGAUGAGUAAAUAUUGGUGGAGUUCGGGUUCCAAUCAGAGUCGUGGGGUGAGUUGGGCAAGUUGGAAUAAGCUAUGCCGUCAUAAGCAUCAUGGUGGUCUUGGCUUUCGACAUUUACGGGAUUUUAACUUAGCCAUGUUGGGAAAACAAGCUUGGAGGUUAGUCACACAAGAUCACUCUCUUGUUAGUAGGGUGUAUAAGGCCCGUUAUUACCCUCAUGGGACUUUUCUGAGAGCUUCUCUUGGGCCGAAUCCUAGUUUCAUAUGGAAGAGUAUUUUUGAAACACAAGAACUGAUCAAGAAAGGGGCUCGGCGGGUGGUUGGUCCAGGUACAAAUGUUAGUGUUCAGUUUGAUCCUUGGCUUGCAGAUGACUCCAACCCGUGGGUUACUUCUACGGUUGAGGGUAUGGCGACUUGGACGGUUGACAACCUUAUGGUGGUGGGUGAUCGGGUUUGGGAUAUUGAGGUGAUUUCGGAUAUUUUUAAUGAUCGAGAUAAGGAGAGUAUCCUAAAGACCACCAUUGAUCAGGAGACUCCUUUUGACACUUGGUACUGGCAUAUGGAUCUCCAUGGCAUUUAUACUGUAAAGGAGGCUUAUCGAUUGAUGCACCAUGCAGAGGUCACUAAUAUUAGUGAUUUUGAGAUCAAGAUUUGGAAAAUUGCAUGGAAACUUCAGGUUCCACCCAAAGUGCACCAACUUAUGUGGCGUGCUUUGUCUGGUUGUUUGGCUACUAAGGUUCAACUUAAUACCAAACACAUUCCUCUCGACGAGAUCUGUCCUAUGUGUAACCAAAUGUCUGAGACUAUUAUUCAUCUUCUGGUGCAAUGUCCCUUUGCAAGGUCUUGUUGGCAUCUUUCGGCUUUAACCUGGAGCAAUGUGCCUAUGGGGACGUUUUGGGAUUGGUUUAGUCGGACUCUGGUACAACAUUCGACUGCAGCCCAAGAAGAACUGCUAAUGAUUAUUUGGGGGAUCUGGUAUGCCCGUAAUGAGUUGGUUUGGCGAGACAAAUCGAUGUCAGCAGCGGAGGUUAUUCUAUUGGCAAGAGUAGUCCUUAAUCAAUGGAGAAAUGCUCAAAAAAGGAGAAUGGGUUCUCUACUUGUACCUUCGGAGUCAAGUAUGGAAUUGGAGCAUUGGGUGAAACCGGUUAUGGGAAAGAUUAAGGUAAAUGUCGAUGGUGCAAUCUUUGCAGGAGACGGACAAUUUGGAGCGGCUGGGGUGGCUCGGGAUUAUCAGGGCCGGUUCAUGGAAGGGUUCACAGUUUUGCGGGCGGGACAGGUGGAUUCGGCUCUGGCUGAAUUGAUGGGGGUUAAGGAGGCUUUGAGUUGGAUAAAGCGUAAGCAAUGGGGUCCGGUUGAGGUUGAAACUGAUUCUUUGGUUGUUGUUCAGGCAAUUCAAAGUACGGUUACUAUUCCUUCGCCUUUUGGUCUUCAGGUGGCGGCUUGUCGUUCUCUUCUCGCCGAUUUACCGUCAGUCACAAUUACUUUUGUUAAACAAUCUGUAAACAAAGCUGCACAUUGGCUUGCUCGUAGUUCUUGUUUGUAUCCAGAUCGUAUUUUUAGUGAGGAUAAUGUUCCCACUGAUUUUCUUUCUAUUGUAAUGGAUGAUUCUUCUAUUUAA